UUCCGAGGUAAAUUUUAAACGAGCACGGAAGAAACAUUGUUUACACACCAGCGAUCAGUCCUCUCGAAUAAUUUCUUACAGAUGUGUUGUAUUUUUCUGAAAUUAUGAAGCCACAGAGAGGGAAAAACUCCAAGAAGAAAGGGGAAGUCGACCCAGUAGAGGUAUACUGCCGGGUCCGCCCCUUGGAUAAUCCUAAUGACUCAUGCUGUGUAAAGCCUCUCAGCACCACAGUGGUUCAGUUAAUACCACCAGAGAAUUCUUUAGCAGUGGCCAGAAAUGGACAGAUCAAAGAGUACCAGUUCACGUUCCAGUACAUAUUUGAUGAGUACACCUCACAGAAGGCCGUGUUUGAUUAUGUGGCCUGCCCCCUGGUGGACGAUCUCAUUAAGGGCAAAAAUGGGUUACUGUUUACCUACGGAAUCACCUCCUCUGGUAAGACCUACACGAUGACAGGCACCCCCAAGGACCAGGGGAUCCUCCCACGAUGUCUAGACGUCCUGUUUAACAGCAUCAGUGGGGUCCAGGCCAAAAAAUAUGUCUUCAAAUCAGACAAAAUGAAUGGUUUUGAGGUGCAGUCUGAAGCUGAUGCCAUGAUAGAACGACAAAAGAGGGACAUUAUACCAGGGAUUACUACCCCUAAAACACCCACUGCAAACAGAAGAGGUAACUUUGGUGACCAGGAGAGGAUCAGUGAUCCGACCAUUCUGACCAGUGUGGACGACGACAACCAGUACGCCGUGUUUGUCUCCUACAUAGAAAUCUACAACAAUUACGUGUACGACCUGUUAGAGGAACUGCCAUACGACCCCAUCACAGGUUACAAACCUCCCCAGACUAAGAUCUUGAGGACAGACUCCAGUGACUGUAUGUACGUGAUGAACUGUGUAGAAGUGGAAAUAACUAGCCCAGAGGAGGCAUUUGAGGUUCUCUUUAAAGGACAGAAGAGACGUAAGGUGGCCCACACAGCUCUGAAUGCCGAGUCCAGUCGUAGUCACAGUAUCUUCAACAUCCGCUUGGUCCAGGCCCCGCUAGACCCCCGGGGGGAGGAAGUCUUACAGGAUCCAGACAAGAUCUGUGUGAGUCAGCUGUCGUUAGUGGACCUGGCAGGGAGUGAGAGGACCCACAGAACAAAGAAUGCAGGGGACAGGCUCAAAGAAGCAGGAAAUAUAAACCAGUCUCUGAUGGCCUUGAGGAACUGUAUAGAGAUUCUACGAGAGAACCAGAAAAACAACUCCAACAAGAUGGUUCCCUACAGAGAUUCCAAGCUGACCCACCUGUUUAAGAAUUACUUUGAUGGAGAGGGAAAAGUCCGAAUGGUCGUCUGUGUCAAUCCUAAAGGAGAGGAGUUUGACGAAACAAUACAUGUGAUGAAGUUUGCCGAAUUAUCACAGGAGGUGCUAAUUGCUAGGCAGCAACAAGUGAGAUUUGACAUCGGAUUAACGCCAGGGCGACGAAAGAUCAACCAGAACUACAAAGACAAGUUUAAAUCAGAGGAGGACUUGUGUACACCUGCCAAAGUGCCUGCCUUUGACUUUACUCUGGGUCCUGGAUUCCCUCCCUUUGAAUUGCUGCGGUCCACAGAUGAUAUUGUCCUGCCAGAGCUGGAGAAGUUUUUGGAGGAACGUCAAAAACGGAGGGAAAUUCUACAACUGGAGUUAGACAAACAAAAUGACGAGUUCCGGGCCCACCUGGUAGAGAUAGAUAGGAACUACGAGCAGGCCCUGUUCCAGAACGAUGAGCUACAACAGAGGGUGGAGAAAUCCGAGGCUUACGUCCAGAAACUGGAGUCUCGAAUCCGAUCCCUGGAGCGACGCCUCGGAGAAAACUCACGGCAGACCAAACAGUCAGAACGACAGAAGAGGGAGCUAGAGGCCAUGAUUCAAGAUAAAGAGGUGAAAAUUCGCCAGGAGAAAUCAGAGAAGGAACGAUUAAAGAACGACUUCAAAGCUAGACUGGACAUGAACAACCAACACUGGGAAAGAAAUCUAGAAAAAGAAAGACAGAAAAUAGAACAGGACUAUGGAGGACAGAUCUGGGAGAGACAACAGAAGUUAAACAUGCUGAGGAACAUUGUCAACGAGACAGACAGCGAUUCCUGUACUCCAAUGCCAGCUCCCAGAGAGACCUUCAGGACACCCGCACCGAAGUCCAGGACCCAAACCACCCCAGCCAAAAUAUUGUCUGCCCGAUCAGAAAAUGACAUGAGAAAAAUAGGGACCACCCCCACCCCUCGUACCAGGACAGUCACCACCGGGGCCACACUGAGUGCCGCCCGGGCAAACCUCAGACCCACCACAAAAUCUACCUCUACCUCCAAAACCCCCAAGCCUACCCCGCCCUUCAACCCUCGACACAGGAGGUCAAGGUCAUCUAAUGCUGAGAUCUGGUUGGAUCACCGUCCUCCAGGAAGUGUGGAGUUAGAUACAGUGCUUCAGCCAAAAAUAAAGAAGAAGAAAUCUGUGUCCAAACUUGAGGUGAAAGAUACAAAAGAAGUGUCUAAGUACAUGUUAACUCAUCAGGACAUGGACUCAGAGGAUAACCUGACAACACAGAUAUACAAGGGUGACUGUCUACCCACGGCUGGUGGAGGGACUGCUGUGGUGUUUAAUGAUGUGGAAACCCUAAAACAGACCUCCCCCGGGAGCCGUAAGAGGCGGAGCUCCUGUCCCCAGCCCCAGGACUACGAGGGGGACUGGACAGAUGUAGAGGACAGGUGUAACAUAGCUAUAGAGGGACACGGCAAUGCUAUGAAGAGAAGCAAACCUAAUGGUGCUACUCGAGUGUGAAUUUUCUGCACAUCAUAGACACAUUAUAAACAAUUAGUCACCACCACCGAUACAGACAUUAUAUCAAAUUGUUUUAGUUAAUUGACUCCUGUUUUUCAAAAUGGUCAGAAAGCACCUGUCCUACAUGUAUUCUCCAUAUACUUGAUUGUAGUAGCAUAUUGACCAUAUUGAUGUUGCAUCAUCAUAUGAUGCGAUAAAUUCUUGAUUUACCUCCCUUAGAAUAAGAACUUGCCUUGGUCCCAUAGCACUCUCAAAAUUUGAUGACUUUGUUACUUUGCCAUAUUAUUAUAUCAAUUCGUACUUUCUAAAUGAUAUUUAUUAUUUAAAUAAUAGGGAUUUAUCAUGGCACAGCAGACAUUGUGAUAUUUUAAAUUUAUCUUCCUGUAUCAAUUGGAAGGCAGGAAAAAAAUUUUUUUAUCAAUAUAACUUGAUUUUUAUGUGUGAACUAUAUUUUAAAUGAAGUUGUACAUACUGUGUAUAUAAUUGUAAAUAUUGUGUCAUGAGGUUCAUGAAUAUUUUCCUCUCCCUUUCUCCACAAAUUCUGUCUGGGUGCUUUCUUUACUAAACAUUUUUCUUCGUCAUUUUAGUUCAUAAUAUGGACAUCUCACCCCAAAUUACAGAAUGUUCAAUAUGUUG